UCAGGCAGCAGAGGGCAGCAGACCAAGAGACCUCCAGCAACAAAGAGAAGGUCUCCACGGAAGCCUCAGAGGCUGCUGCCACGAGAGCCAGCAGAACAACAGGCCAUUGGCACACACCAAGGACUGAGCCACAUGGAGUCUGUGGUGACCAUGGCCAUGGCGACUAAGCCGAACAUGCAGAGGGCCAGAGAAGCCAAGGACCCUGCAGCAGUCAUCCAGCUGGGCCAAGAGGCUGACUUUCCCAGGGGCAUCUUGACAAAUGAGAACCUACAGGCCCUGACAUGCCAGCAGCUAGCUGCUUUCCAGGACGUCUUCAGCCUAUUUAGCUCCGGCCUGACCCACACAGUGGACAUGCGCAGCAUGAAGCUAGCCCUGCACAGCGCGGGCAUCCAGCUGAGUCCAAGGGGAUGUGCGAGACUCUUUUUGACGGAUGGGGUCAUCAGCUUCAAAGACUUUCUGGGUGUCCUCACCGAUGACCACCGCUUGGCUCAGUGUAUGGACCUGGUGAGAAGCAGCCAAGUGCAGGACCCCGAGGGCCUGCAAACCUUGUUCUUAGAGAUGCUAUUCAAGUCGCUCUCCCAGAGCCUGGUGGCCUCCAAGUCCCGCCAGGAGAUGAUAAAGCCACUGGCCCUGCGAGGCACCCUGGGCUGCAAGGAAGGGUCACGCAGUCAGGACCACUGCUCGCGCGCACGCGCAGGUCUCAACUUCUUCUGCCAAACCACACGCCUCAUCGGCCUCUCUAGCACAGAGCUGGCGCGCUCGCUGCACUGACUGCAGCAGGCAGGUACGCGCAGCCCCUAUUCUCAGAUACCUAAACUGGCAGGGCGCCCGCAGCCGGAAUCGACCACCGACCACCGAUGA